AUGUCAACUGGAGAUAAAUCCAAUGCUGAAAAUAGAGAGAUUUUAAGCAGGGCUGAAGCUGAGUUGAAGAAAUAUAUGUACAUAGAGGAAGAGUACUGGAAACAAAAGUCGGGGAUGAGGUGGUUUAAACAAGGCGACAAAAAUACCAGAUUCUUUCAUAAUUACAUGAAAGGGAGAAGGAAGAAGCUUAACAUAACAGAGAUCCAAAAUGCGCAAGGGGAUUUGGUAAAAACGAUUGACGAUAUUGGAGCUAAGGCAGUCUUGUUUUUUGAAGGGCAAUUCAGGGAGAAUUAUAGACAUGAUUCAGAUGACAUGCUCAAACUAAUUCCUAAAAUGAUUACAACGGAGCAGAACGAGGAGAUGGGAAGAAUUCCAAGCAAAGAGGAAAUCAAAGAAGUGGUAUUCUCCCUUAAUGGAGAAAGUACGGGUAGUCCUGAUGGUUUUUCGAAAACUAACAUAGACAUGGUGUGGAGACUUAUUUCCAACAACUGGUACUCAAUCUUAGUUAAUGAGAGGUCUUAUGGUUUCUUUUGGUCCCCGAGAGGGGUAAAGCAAGGGGAUCCUCUCUUACCUACAUUGUUUAUCAUAGCGGCAGAAGUAUUGGCGAGAGGAUUAAACAAGCUACUGGAGGAUGUGGAUUUCAAAGGCUAUGGUCUACCUAAAUGGAGCCCUUCAAUAAAUCAUUUUCCCUAUGCCGAUGACACUAUUCUAUUCAGUUCAAGGGAAAGAAAGUCGAUUAGCAAAAUGAUGGGGGUGUUAAGGGAGUAUGAAAAAAUUUCAGGACAAAUGAUCAAUUUGAACAAAAGUUUUUUCUAUCUUCACGAUAACACACCAUUAAUAGUGGGUAUUAGAUUGCGGAGAAUUACAGGAAUCAGACAGGGUUCAUUCCCAUUCACGUAUUUGGGCUGCCCUGUUUACUAUGAAAGGAAAAAAACAUCAUACUUUGAGGAGAUGAUUAGAAAGGCUCAAAAGAGAAUCAUGACAUGGCAAAAUAAGUGGCUUUCUUAUGGUUGCAGGAUCAUACUGAUUGCAAAUGUGCUACAGUCCAUGCCAAUAUACUUACUAUCAGCCAUUAACCCUCCAAAGAAGAUUACUGAUCAACUCCAUCAAGUAUUUACAACUUUUUUCUGGAGCAAAAUAGGUGGAGAAAGAGGGAAGCACUGGGUAGUGUGGAAGGAUAUAUCAAGAGCUAUGUUUGGGAAAUUAUGGUGGAAGUUCAGAACAUCGACAUCUCUGUGGAGGACCUUUAUGUGGAAUAAAUAUUGCAAAAAGGUUCACCCUUUAAUUGCCAAAGGAACUGGGGCUUCCAAUACUUGGAAAAAGAUGACUGAAGUAAGAGAAGUUAUAGAGCAUGAGAUCUGGUGGCAAGUUAAAUCAAGAGAGGCCAGUUUUUGGUUUGAUAAUUGGACCAAACAAGGGGCUCUUUAUUUCACUGAAGAUCAGGCAAGUGGGGAGGAAGAACUAGAAAUCCGACAGUUUAUCACUGAUGGAGAAUGGGAUAGGAAUAAACUUUGA